CUUAUAUCAGUCUAGUGGAAGCAAGUUACUAGGUGCGACUUCGGCUACCGCAAAUAUUUAGUUUUUUGCCCCGAGAAUAAACAGCUGUUUGUCCGUCAUUGGAGGACGGGGGUGUCAGCGAGGCUGGUCCGUAUGGCAAUUGGUUAAGAUUAAGUUUUCUGCAAAUCGGUGGAAGCCCCAACCAGGAAGAGCACAUCUCGCAGCGCCACCGUCCUCCACUCCCCAGCUCUCCCAGUUACGGAGCCCUGCCAUCGCACCAGUCCGGCUCCCGUUUCUUCGACGAUUCCCGAGUAGCAGGAGCGUGUCGGCGAGCGCCCUGUGGGAAAGCAUGUGAUGACUCACGCAAGGCAGAAGGGUUCCCUCAGGCAGAGCCACAGCACUGAGUGGCGGGACAACUGCCCUCGUUGGCCACAUGGUGGCAUUAUGGGCGGAGCCUGGCCUGAGCGCUCACUACGGUUUGGAAGGACAAAGAAGAUAAGUGAGAUCAUCAAACAAGGAAAAGGCGCGGCCAAGAGAAUGACUGACAGGAGAGGGAAAAGCUCAGAUCAGAACAGAAAGCUCGACCGGAGGCGUGAUAAGAAACGGGACAGAAAGUUGUAUCCUCUGCGGGGAAGGGCCGGGGGUUCAGAUGGGGAAGGGCUUAGCUGCCACGUCCUCCUCACCCGAUUAGAGGAAAGCAUCCGUGAACAGGAGAGUUCUGAGGGAAGGGGGAGAAAUGACGGACAUCGACAAUUGUCUCUCAAACCCAGAUCCUGCAAAGGCAAACGCAGUGGACAAAGAGAGACAAAGAUAAUACCAAAAACCAAAUCAAAGUCAAACAGCCCAAGGCAUGGCGAGGGUAUGCAUGUCCCAGAACCACGCAAGCGCCGUCUGGCCUCUCUCAACGCCGAGGCAGUGAACAGUCUGCUGCUUGACCCGCAGCCGGCAACCAAACAGGCAAGGAAACAGCAGGAUGAGCCCACCAUUGGAGGAAGUUCCCUGGACAUAGAUCUAGCAAGGACCGGGGUUCCCGGAGGUCCUAAGGUUUCCCGAGGCAGCAUCAGCAAAACCUCUACUUCUCAAGACCCGUGCCAAAGCUCUAAACAGAUCAAGAAGACCAAAGCCAACCGAGGUGAUGAGGGAGGGGCGAUGAGUCAGGAGAGUCUUGACGCCCCCGCCCCCAGACGAUUGGCUGGUCUCAACGCUGCAGCCCUGCUGAAGUUAACCAGCUCCUCCGCCACCAGUAAACAGAGAGUCAAGGCCACACCUACAGCAACUGUCACAACAGACUGCAAGGCUCCCACUGCAGCCUCAACCCCAAAACAGUGCUCCAGAGUAAAACUCAAACCAAAGGGGCGCACACAAAAACAGAAGGGGAAGAAGGUCCCUCCCCUACAUGGUGGCUGCACGUCCUGCAAGAAGAAGGCGGACUUUGAGCCCAAAGUGGAGUGGGAGACUGGCAGCUGCACCCAUCGGCUAACCAAACCUGGCUACCAGUCGCGCAGCAUGUUGGCGUACCCACUAAAGCCAGUGAAGGAGGAGCAGGUGGAGGCUGAACUGAGCCCGUACUACUGCUGUCCGCCAGAGGGCUCGGUGGAGUACUGCCAUCGCCUGGCUUUCUUCCUGGGCCAGCAGGCCUACGGCGACUCAGACGAUCAGCCUCUUAACUCAGCCAUGACCCCUGUGAAGCGAGAGUGCCUAGUAACAUCGCCAUCCCUGACCCAUUCACACCCUCACACAGCUCUGACCCUCAGCCCCCACCCCUGCCUGUGCACCGCUGACCACUGCUUCUCUAGCUACUACGUUCACAUCGCCCACCCCACACACACUGGAACAACGUCAGCGGCUCUGGCUUCACGACCUCUGAACUUUGCCCCUUCCACUUUGUGCCCUAAUCGGAUGAGCAGCUCCAAGCUGCUGGGCCCUCGGGUGUCCCACGCCUCAGGACUGGCCCACCCCGCCUACUGUGGCUCAGUGGGCUCGCCCUGCUACGGAGAAGCCUGCAGAAUCAGCGGCUACGCCUACAGAGCCAUGCCUCCCGUCACCAGCAGGGGGUGUACUUUCAGCACAGGAUGCACUGGUUGCACACACAGCAUCAAAACAGAGGGUUACUCCUCCCCUCAGGGUGAGCACAGCCCCCCACUUCUGGGUCCCCCCACCCUUCCCAUGUCCAGCUGCCCUCUCCCUAGCGUGCCCUCUUCCACCCAGGCUAAACCCCACCUGCUGACCCCCCUGUCUGGGCGAGACCAGCCCCAGGCCAGGUUGAAACUGGCCAGGGAGUGCCCACAGAGCACCAAGCCCUCCAAUGGCUCCCUGUCCAUGGGGCGCACCCAGCUGACCCAGAAACAGCCAUCAUCCAUGCCAAGCCUCGGCAGCACCAAACAAAAGAAGGUCAGCCGCCGACGAGCCACCAACGGUUGGCGGCCUGUCGGAGAGCCCACGGAGAAAGAGGUCUUCAUUGCGGGAGAGGAAGAGACAGCCCUGCGGCAGUGUUACGAAGGAGUGGAGAGGGAUGGCGAAGUGAUUCAUGUCAGAGACACUGUGCUGCUGCGGUCUGGUCCCAGGAAGAAGUCCCUCCCCUAUGUUGCCAAGAUAUCAGCUCUCUGGGAGGACCCCAAAACAGGAGAGCUGAUGAUGAGUCUUUUCUGGUACUACCGACCUGAGCACACCCAGGGAGGCAGAGAUCCCAGCACACACUGUGAGAAUGAGAUUUUCGCCUCUCGGCAUCAGGAUGAAAACAGUGUGGCCUGCAUAGAAGACAGAUGCUAUGUUCUCCCACUAGCCCAGUACUGUAGAUUUUGUGCCUUGGUGAAGCGGCGUGCCGAAGGCGCCCCACCUGGCAGUGCCAGCAUGGUGCCCUGCCGCCCCGACUUCGCCCCCCCUUCUCACCGCUGUGUGCCCACAGACGUCGACCCCGAGCUGGUGUAUCUCUGCCGACACGUCUACGAUUUCCGCUACGGACGCAUCCUGAAGAACCUGCAGUAGGGGGCGCCCGCGCCCACCGAUUAAUCAACACGUAGCUCCCUCCUGCGUAAGGGGGGGUUGAAGGAACAGAAAACCGGUGUCUUUUCUGCUGGGUACCUCACAGGCAGGGGGUGGGGGGGCGAGGAGGGGGGCAGGCAGGCAGAGGUUUUGGCAAGGGACCCAUGAAGCAAAAAGUGUUCAUGACACAUUAUGAAGCACAGAUCCCUUUAGCCGACUAAAGAGGGAUUAAAUUGUGAUAUGUGAACCCAUCUCAGUCAGAGCACCAGUUCUUUUUUUUCCUGGUCUGGAGGAGUGAGGAAAGGCGACGUUUUCGAAUUCAUUCAUCAUCACAGAUACGAGCUCAGCUUGGAUUUGUCAGCCUCCACAACGGCGCUCAGAGGUUAUGUGCAUUACGAUGCAUUACCAAGCCUUUGCAUCCCCCCUGCCAGCCAGAAAUGCAGACCGGCAGGCUGAACCGGGCCACUGUCAGGACCCGGUUUCCCCUAAAGCACCUUAGCACAACAAUCAUGUUUGUUCCAUUUGUAAGCCACUGGCUCAGAGAUGCUGUUUUGCUAAGGUGCUUUUGGGGAAUAUAACCCUGUACUGUCAGCUCAAUGUUAAUGGUGUUGAACCAGCCAGGGUGAAGGAGCAGCUAAUGGAGAGUGUCAUAUUAUUUCUCCUGAUUUGAGUUUGUCUCAGAGAUUUGUGUGAGUGAGUGAGUGCGCGUGAUUGUUGUCAGUGUGGAUAAAUGGAUAAAUAUGGGUAUGUGUGAUGGUUAUUCAGGAGGCUUUCAGGCAAUCAAAACCACACAAGCAGCUUUAGAGGUAGCGGAGCUCCCUCCAUCCUCUCUCCUGUGUGCCACAACACACUGACACUGACAGAAAUAGAAAAUACUUUCAUCUCGAAUGAUGCUCUGUGCAACCUAAAAUACUGUACUUGAUGGGGCUCGUGAGGCAGAACGUUUUUUUUUUUUUUUUUUUUUUUUUUUUUCCGUACCAAACUCUAUAGAGAAGUGUUUCGGAAACUUCAGGUCAGGACCCUAAAAAGGGCUACAGCCUAUUUUAUUUGGACACACACACAUACACGCAACAAAAGCCCAGGUUUCUUGACUAAAGUAAAUGUCAUCUCAGCUCCAGAGAGUGAAGUUGAGGAAGCCUUGCUGUAAAGAGCCUCUGUGAAGAGACUCCUCACUGAGGAGAUGCUCCUGUGCCCUGCAUUGGCCUAUCAAGCGGAGGCCUGUUUGUUCAUUUUUUUUUUUUAAUUUAAUUUUUUUCACAUCCGCUGUUCCCUGUGACUUGCCUUAUGACUUGCAGGUAGUGCUUUUAGGCAGCUAGACCCACCACAUAGAACUAGAAAGUGGUAGAACGGGCGUACUGUAUUCCUGAAAGUAGGACUUUAACGAAACACGCGCGUCGACCUGUCGUUGCUGGGCGACCGAUCGACUUGAUUGAUUUACAGCUGUGACAUGCCAUCACUGGAGACACACAUCAUCAUCAUCAUCAUCAUCAUCAUCAACCACUCACCAGGCACAGAAAAAAAAAAAAAAAAAAAAGAUCCCUCCAACUAGCCAUUUUAUCCUGUGAUGCUCUGUAUGUAGCCAUCGCUUCAUGGACAAUGUGCUUUGACGUCGCAGACCUGUUCGCUCUAGCUGCUCGCCUUGCAAACCCAGAAACACACUGUCGGGGAAUGUCUGAUCUACGCAUUCUUUUCCUGCACACACACACCGUCUCUUCCUUCUUUGAACCGCCCACACACACGCACGCACGCACACACACACACACACACAGUCCAAAACCCCCCACAACCCCAAGAUAAACCAAAGGAUGUCACACAAAGCAGCGCUCCUUUCUCCUCCCUCGCCCUCCACACCUCCCCCCCUCGUUAUAUUGCACUAAUCCAUUCCUUAAUUACAACAUUGAUGAUUGUGUUCAUUUUUUUUUUGCUUUCUUUCUCUCUUUUUCCAGCUACUAAUAUUAUACACGGGGGCGGGGAGGGUGGGGGGAAUACGGUGCAUCGUUCACGUGUGCGUGUUUGGUCGCGAGUGGAAACAGUAGGGCUGUCAUGGCUGCUUUGUCGGUUAAUGUUAUUGUACCAGUAGAGGAGUUGUCUUGUUACCGUGUUAGGCACGUGGGUGUAGGCCUGACUCGCCGCGCGGACAAACGUAGCACCGUGUGAAAGGGUUUUUUGGAGCGUGAGGGGGCGGGGUGGGUGGCUUUUGGUAAAUUAUUGUGACGUGGCGGAUCUCUGACCACGGUCAUUCAUCAUUGCCUUUUAACCUGUAAGUGUUUUACUGUCACGUUCAGUCAGAAAAACAAAAAACAAACAAAAAAAAAAACAUGUAGUGUCGGAGUGUGUGUACCUUUGUAUUAAGAAAAAAAGAGAAAAAAAAAAGGUAAAGAGUACCCGAUUGCUUUCCUAUAGGCAGCAAAUAUUGGAUAAAGUUUUGAAUCUUCUGAAGCCAUCUUUCCCUUUUUGCCCUUUUUGAACAGAGCGACUCCCGACCCGAAACAGCGGCGAAACGAGCGCGAUCCGAGAGAACUCCAAACCUGAUCAUUGGGUUAUUUAUUUCUAUUAUUGCCCAGAUUCUUCAGAGAAGUAAUAUAUAUUCUCCUACUUUAAGAAAAAUUUGUCCUUAUUAAGAAUAUUUUAUUAUCUCAAUUUCAUAAGAUGGCAUAUGCAAUAUAUUUUUAGAGUUACUAUUUUUGAAAAAUGAACUUAACAAAUCAAGAAAAAAUGCUAUGUAUUAUUUUUUAUUUUAUUUUGAAUUAGUUUUGGGGGGAGAAAAAAAAAUCAUCAACAUUAUGAACUGAGAUUUGACCAAAUAAAAGAAAGAUUUAAUGAAGGAGAACAGGGGCGGGUGUGGGUGAUGCCGUAGUUUGGCCUACAAAGAUUGUGCAUGUAGGCAGUGGAGAGUGAGAACUCCCUUUCCAGGCGAUUUCUGAUGAAGUGUACAUAUCUGAAACCUUAACCCAGGAAGCACCGGGCACUCUUUAAACAAGCAGACAGCCAAUGCACAGUGUAGUAUUUUUGCAAGAUCUGUAAUAAUUAUAUUUAAAGUAACAAAAUAUUUAAAUGGAGUAAACAUUACAAUAUAUUAAGAUUUCAAUUUAACUUAUUUGGAAAUAUUGUGUUUAAUUGAGUUUUGAAAAAAAAAAAGACAAAAAACCUGUUUCUUUGUGGUCCAGGAUAGAACCAAUUUCUGUUUAUUUGUAACUUAUAUGAGUUAAGAGACUAAAUGACUGAGUGGCGGUUGACAGAGUUGUAAAUGUAACUAGUUUGUAUAAUUAAAGAGACUUGGUAUCAGGGGUGGAAACCAGACCAAAGCACACCCUGGCGGACGGGAGAGCAGACGUGGCCCCUGAUCACAGCCUCGGGGAUCAAUGAUGAUCAAUUUCACCUCACAGAUGUCACUCCGGCGUGGGUAAAAGACCAAUCUGAAGCGAGACCUGUGCGAAGAGGCGACUUCUAGCUCUCCUGCCAUUCCGACUGACUUUUAAGUGUGACGUUUGGGAGAUUGCCGUGGCAACAUGGUCACCUGAGCCUCCAUUGAUUUGUCCUAUUAAGGGAGAGACACUCUACACCUGAGACAGGACAGGGCGUCCUCUUGGCUCCAGGUGGAAAGUGCACUCAGGCAUUGACCGAGGACCAGUAUUCCCAUCCACAAAUCCUGAUUUAUCAUUUUUAGAGGCUCAAACCAACCUUCGGUCUGCUCCUUGAAGGAUCCUGGGGUGUCUGUGUCUGUCAAGUGUCAGGAAUUAUUUGCAGUACAGUUUGCCUAUUUCUAGUGGGCUUUGAAAAAAAAAAAGAAGAAAAGGAAAAAGAUUGUAAAAUCACUUGAGAGUUAAUCAAAUUAUUAAGGAUUUGCUGGAUCCCCUCUCCCGUUGUCCAAUUCAGUUGGCCAUCAUUGCCUUUCUCCCAGAUGUGCAUUGACAGCAUUUGACCCCUAGAGGGCAGAAAUCCUGUGUCUGCAGAACGCUCUCAUGGCCACGUCCCAGUGCUCUUCACCAGCUUCCUCUCCUUGUCUCCUUUCCUUGUGGUGACUGAGAAAAGUGGGAGUUGUAACCUCCCUUCCCUGGGGAAAAAAGGCAUUCUGGAGAGGAAGAUUCCCGACUGGGAUGCUGCCAGGAGUCUUCCUCCCAAGUGCUGGCCAGUCCUGAAACAAGCAUGGAAUAGAUUGUAUGUUAUUAUUUACAUUACCUAAUUUCCUAGCGGCUUUGCAUGGACACAGUUGCAUCCUUCGUUGCCAUGAGACUUGGACCGGCCAGCCCUCGGGAGGAAACGGUCUGCGUAUGUGUGUGUGUGUGUGUGUGUGUGUGUGUGUGUGUGUGUGUGUGUGUGUGUGUAGGGGUCAAAUACUGAGUGAACUCUGACCUUAAGUGAUGCUACCCAGGAAGUGUGUUCACUCCGCGAAUCCAAACAAAGCACCCGACCAACCCAUGAGAUUCUGCUUUCUGUGCUCUGUAUUGACGCUUAUUGUCGACAUAUAUUUUGAUAUAUUUGGAAAAAAACGGGGGAUAUAUAUAUUAAAAAAAGUCUAGAUAUUUUUGGAGUAGAGAAGCAAUGUGUGUAUCAGAUUAUCCUCACUUUGUCAUGCUCUCUGAAAAUCUCGGAUUUUUUGGAAGAAUUGUAUAACAUCCCUACUGAUUUAAUGUUCCAUUGAAAGAAUAUUUAU